UGGCCGUUACACCCGCUGCCAAAUUCCAGCGGCCCUGAUCUGUGCAGACUGAGCGGCCCCCCGUGGCCCCCUGUGGCCCCCCGUGCCCUAACCUGCCCAUCGGGAGGUUCAGACCCGCUGCUUUAGCAGACUGAGGGUCAGUGCUGAGGUUUAGGAGCCGGUUUGGACCAUAAACUGCUGACGGAACAUGGCCGCCAGGACGCCAAGUCGCCAUCUGGUUGCUUGUCUUCUGAACAUCUCAGAGGCUCACAGGAAGGACCUGGUGGAGGACGUGGCGAAGGCGGCGCUGCGCGGCGCUGAGGGCAUCAAGCGGGAGGAAACCACGGUCCUGAACAUCUUUAACGAUGACGACUACAACCGCUCCGUCAUCACCAUCGUGGCGUCUGUGCGCUCCAUCGGGGACGCCGUCCUGUCUGCGUGUCAGAGGGCGUGCGCGCUCAUAGACAUGAGCGCCCAUGAGGGCGUGCACCCCUGCAUGGGGGCCGUGGACCUGAUCCCCAUCUACCCGCUGGGGGAGGCGGUGGGAGUGGAGGAGUGCGUCCAGAAGGCUCUGGCUGUGGCUCACGGACUCACAGAGACGGUCAGCGGCGCCAGCGCCUUCCUGUUCGGCUGGGCCGACCGCCCCUUACAGCGAGGCCUGGCGCUGAGGAGGAAGCAGAUGGGCUGGUUCAGGAAGACGCCGGACUGGGAGGCCCUCAGACCCGACGUCGGGCCGCCGCCACGGAAACGAUACGGGCUUACAGGUGUCGGAGCCAGCCCCUACGUCAUGAACUGCAACAUCACCAUCGACACCCAAGACAUGGUGCUUGGCCGAAGCAUCGCCGCCGCCAUCAGGGAGUCUGCGCCGGGGGGAGUUCCCGGGGUGCAGGUGUUGGCCCUGCCACACCAGGGGGCCGUGGAAAUCGCAUGCAAUGUGGAGAGCAUCAAGGGAGACCCCCCCGCUCACCUGACGGCUCAGCCUUGGCCGUCCUUUAUGGUAGACGGUGAGCCGUACCGCCACGCCCCGGCUUCCCUCAUCACGGCCCGGGUGGCUGAGCUAGCGGGGCGAAGGGGGGUGGGGGUGAAGGGCACCGCCCUGGUGGGGUUUACGCCGCGGGAGUGCAGAGCCUUAGCAGAGCUGGCUCUUUCCGAGGGGGUCGGGGAAUUCUGGAAGGAGCAGCAAAAGAUCCGAAUGUGAAGCUUAGUUUCCCUCCUGGGGGGAAGAACCUCCCGUCAGACGGAUCCAGAUCGGACUUCAGUCCAGAACUUUCCUGAAUGUUGGGAAAAAAAAUCUGAUUAUAACAGAAAUAUAGAAAAGAUCAAGAGGAACAUGUUGGUUCUGCUUCGCUCCAAAGGAAAGUUUGACCUAAAACUAAUAAAACUUUAUUAAAACACUGA